AUGCCAAGCUUAACCAACCUGGUUGUUCCCGGUAAUCUCGGUCCCGUUUUCGGGACGGCGGAUCUCUCCACCAAACAUGAGCAAAGCCAUCUUUCAAGGCUGGAAGGCGAUCCGGAUCUCACAAUCGGCAAAGGAUUUGCUGGGCGCACUGCUUCUUUGCAAGCAACGAAGCUUCCGGAACCAGAAAGGGCUCUCAUGUGGGAAGACGGAAAAAGGGAUGAUCGGCAUGUCUGGAAUGCGGCGCCCUCGAUGGGAAGACUUGGCUUCUGCGCCAAUGCGCCCGAUCACUUUCUCUGA